AUGGAAGACAUUAAUUAUAAAAGUAAUAGCUAUAUCUAACUUUAAGUUGUAUUAUUGGGGGAUGCAGGAGUCGGAAAAACCUACAUAUUGAAUUAGUACGUGAGAGGACAGCAACCUAGAAACAAUUUGCCCACAAUUGGUAACAAAUUAUAUUAAAAUAAGGUAGGUAUCGAAUUCGCAACGAAAACUGUGACGUUGCAGGACGGAGGAAAGAUUUAGGUUUAAAUUUGGGAUACAGCUGGAUAAGAGAGAUACCGAGCUAUUACAAAAAAUCAUUUUCGAGGUGCAGGAGGUGCUUUGUUGGUUUAUGAUAUUACUAAAGAAAAAACAUUUGAAAAUUUAACAAAAUGGAUGGAAGAACUUAAAACAGCAGCCAAUAAAGAUGUCGUCAUGUAUCUGGUUGGUAAUAAAACUGAUUUGGUUGAGAGAUAAAACAAUUCAAGGAAAGUCACAAAGGAAGAAGGUUAAUAAUUCGCUGGCGAAAAUGGAUUAUUCUUUGAAGAGACAUCUGCUUACAGAGGAACCAAUAUUGCACAAUGUUUUGAAAAACUAAUCGAAGGUAUUUCAUCAAUUAAUAUUACAUUAGAAAUGUAUAAAAAGAAGAAUUUAUUAGUAACGCAAUAAUAAUAAUAAGAAUUGAAUGCAUAAUUGAAAGUAAUCGAAACUCCAAUGUGCAGUAAAUGCUGA